AUGUCUGGAUUGUUUUGUAAAUAUUGUGUUUUGUUUAGCGAUAAAGGUGGUCGAUAUAAAACUAUUCAAUUAUUCAAAUUUGUUUCUAAACCAUUUCAAAAAUAUGCCAAGCUCCUAGGUAAAGACGGAGAUCUAGAAAUUCAUAGCAGAAACCAUUAUCAUGUAGCUUGUGUUGAAGUUGCAGAUAAUUUUAUGACUACUUUUAAUAAUCCAAAAAAGGAAGUUAUAAAUUUGAUAAAUACCGAGAGAAAAAAACAAAUUGAAGAAAACCGGAAUCGUUUGAAACCUAUUGUGGAGUCUAUUAUAUUUUUAGGUCGACAGAAUAUUCCCUUUCGGGGCCACCGUGAUCACGGUAAUUUUUUUGAAAAUGAUCUCGAAAAAAAUAAAGGUAACUUUCGUGAACUUCUACAUUACCGAAUCAAUUCUGGGGAUUCAAUUCUAGAAAAUCAUUUGAAAACUACACAUUUUAAAGCUACAUAUAUCAGUCCUGUUGUUCAGAAUGAACUAAUUGAAUGUUGUAGAACAAUUGUAACAGAAAUCAUUUUAAAAGAAAAAAAAGAAUCAAAAUUCUAUUCCAUUUUUUUUGAUGAAACUACUGACAUUAGUCAUUCAUCUCAAAUAAGUUUAGUUAUACGAUACGUACAUAAAGCAGUUGUAAAAGAAAAUUUUAUUGCGUGUAUCGAUUGUCAUGCAUAUGUUUACAAUACAGAUACAGAAAAAAACUUAGAACCAAAAUUAAAUGGUGAAGUUUUGGGUGACGCAGUAAUUUCAUUAUUACAAAAAUUUGAUUUAAAUCUUAAAUACUGCGUGGUCAUUGGAACAGACAGUUGUUCAGUUAUGGUAUCGUUAGUGCGAGGAGCUGUGCAAAAAAUUCAAUCCUUUGCCAAAAAUGCUAUCCAUUGUCAUGUGCAAAUCAUGCAUUGA